AUGUCGGAAUCCGCUCGGAACAUCGAUAGGUGGUACACAGCCGUGGGCCUCCAGGCCAACAGCUCUAUGGCCAUACCGGUUGCAGGUGAAGUGUCUCAGCUCAUUAUCAGCAAAAGGAAAGUGAUUAAGACGAAUGGCGAACACCUAGCCCUCGAGGUUUUCAUGUGCAUCUACGGCCUCAACCUCUUCAUGAAUAUGUCGUCCAUUCGAAGGAAAGGCCUGACGCUCUACAUGGUCGUCGCCUCGGUGUUGACGGUGAUAUCCUGCAUCAACGCCGUAACGAGUGGAAUAUUCUCCUUCAGGAUUUUCUUGGACACUUCUCAGUCCCUUGAUAACGUCAAUGAAGCAUUGCACAGCCACGAUAACUCGGUCGUCGAUCAUAUUGUGUCCUUCACACUCAUUGGGCAAAGGUGGAUCGGCGAUGCACUACUUGUUUACAGAUGCUUCGUCAUCUGGCACGACCAUCUCUGGGUUGCCAUCGCUCCAGUAUUUGUGUUCCUGAUCUCCCUUGGAGUGAGCAUCAGAGCGUUUAUUCCCAUUCACAAUUGGGAAUACAACAACUACAUCGCCAUCUCGGUCGACAUCUUUAUCUCCCUCGCGCUCCACAUCGUCGUGACGUUCCUCAUCGUGUACCGCCUGAUGAGUUUCCGUAGUCGUCUCCUUAAGAUCUUCCCGCUUGCUUCGGGAGGAGACUCAGAUGGUGUUAUUGUCUAUACCAGAAUUACCACUAUGCUAGUCGAGUCGGCUGUCUUCAUUACCAUCAUGGCUGCAGGAUACGCCAUCACCAACGUCGUCGACACUUGGCCGUCAUACCAAGCCUAUCUGGUCUUCAAAAUCGGUUACAACACCGCUGUGGUCAGUUUUCCCAUUCAUCUCCAUUGA